AUGGCUGACAACGACAUGGAAAUGACGCAUGCUGAAAUGUGGGAUGACUCCGCCCUCAUAGACUCGUGGAACGAGGCCCUGGACGAGUACAAGGCAAGUGGUCCCUUGCCGUCUCAUGGGAGACGAUGGUUCCCCUCGACCCUCGACGCGCAACUGCAGGCGGUCGAUCAGCCAGAGAUCGUGCCCGGUACUGAAGGAGCCAGCAAAACGGAGGUGGCUGGCAACAGCACGGAAGUAAAACAACCCCUCGACCCCAGUGGAAAUCCAGGCAGAUCAGAAAAGCUUGGCUCUGUCCUCAUGCAUCUGGUCCAGAAUGACUCCAGCGACGUGCCUAUCGCAAAGGCAGUCUCGGGUCACGGCGGCAACGGCCUAGGUCCUGCGACAAUGGGCCCACAAAGCCUCCUAGGUACAGUACAAGACGAAGGGCUGAAAAAACUGCUGAUGUCUUGGUACUACGCCGGAUACUAUACCGGACUUUACGAAGGUCAGCAGCAGCAGCAGCAAGCAAAGUAAACGCGGCGAGAGCGGCGACAACGAGGCUGAGCAGCCUGCUCGACCCUGGUGCCAAUCUAGAAUGCAAGGUUGUGUGGGGAAUGGGGUGAGUUCUGUAACACGAUCUGUUCCAUCGUCCGAUGAUGCAACAGCGCCACACCUUUCCUCUGUCUGAGGUUCGCCGUGACAUGUGUCACACGAACGACAGGAGCGCAGUACCCGGUUCAGCAAGCCUCUGUGAUUUGCCGUGGUUUCCCUGUCGUCAUCUGCGCGCGUCCGUCAUGGGACGGAGGAAUUGGGACGCGGUCUAAGUCGGGGCCGGGCGAACCCUGGGCUGGUGGCGGAUCCCUCGAUGCAAACCUCGUGGCUUUGCUUUGCGACAGGAAAAUUUGAGGAAGCAUUUUAGCGCGACUCCUUUUGUUACUCGGAUGGGG